CAUUUAACAUUUGUUUAGUAUAUUUCUAUACUAAACAACUUUUUUUUCUUCUUGGAGAAGAAAAGACAAAUUUUGGAAUAUCCUAAUACGUUUUGGAGUUAAAUUUUAAUUUGAAACUUAUUCAACUCCACGCGAAAGGAAUACCACAAUGAGGUCCUUCUACCUAUUGAAAACUGUUACCCUGCUGCUAUGCGUGAGUGCUACUCUUGCCGUAAGAGUAAAACGUGAACCACCGGUACCAACUGGAAGUUACUUGCCUCCAUCUUCCUCAUUCGGUUCAUCGCCAGCUAGCUCAUAUAUUCCUCCUGCAUCAGGACCGAGCCCACCAUCAUCAAACUAUGGCGCACCCAGUCUCCCAUCGCCAAGCUAUGGUGCUCCAAGUCCUCCAUCCUCAUCCUAUGGAGCCCCAGCGAUAAGUCCACCAUCAUCCAGCUAUGGCGCUCCAGCUCCCAGCCGUCCAUCGUCAAGCUAUGGAGCUCCCGCCCCAAGCCGCCCUUCGCAAUCAUAUGGAGCCCCUGCCCCAAGCCGCCCAUCAUCCAGCUACGGUGCUCCACCGGCUCCAAGACCACCAUCGACUAGCUAUGGAGUUCCAGCAGCUCCUUCACCAAGCUAUGGCGCUCCUCCAUCCAGCAGCUACGGCGCUCCAGCUCCAUCCAGGCCAUCAUCCUCAUAUGGUGCACCAUCAAUCCCAUCUUCAUCAUACGGAGCUCCAGCACCUUCCCGGCCAUCUUCAUCAUACGGCGCACCAGCACCGUCCCGACCAUCUUCAUCAUACGGAGCCCCAAGCUUUGGUGGACCUUCAGGACCUUCAUCCAGCUAUGGCGCCCCAGCUCCUUCAAGGCCAUCAUCUAGUUACGGCGCUCCAGCUGCUCCAUCAUCAAGUUAUGGCGCCCCAGCUGCCCCAUCACCAAGCUAUGGCGCUCCAGCUCCUUCACGUCCUGCACCAUCAUACAAAGCUCCAUCGCCAAGCUACGGUGCUCCAGCCCCAUCUCGUCCCUCAUCAAGCUACGGUGCUCCAGCCCCACCAUCAUCCAGCUAUGGUGCUCCAGCUCCACCAUCAUCCAGCUACGGAGCCCCAUCUGCCCCAUCGCCAAGCUAUGGAGCCCCUGCCCCAUCAAAACCUUCCUCAAGCUACGGUGCUCCAGCUCCAUCUCCAAGCUACGGUGCCCCAGCUCCACCAUCAUCUAGCUAUGGCGCCCCAGCUCCACCAUCAUCUAGCUACGGUGCUCCAGCUCCAUCACGUCCAUCAAGCAGCUACGGUGCUCCAGCUCCAUCACGUCCAUCAAGCAGCUACGGUGCCCCAGCCCCACCAUCCUCCAGCUACGGAGCUCCAUCUGCACCUUCCCCCAGCUAUGGAGCACCAGCCCCAUCUCGCCCAUCUUCAAGCUACGGAGCUCCUGCCCCAUCUUCAAGCUAUGGCGCUCCAUCACCUCCAUCCUCCAGCUACGGAGCUCCUUCAGCCGGAGGCAGCGCAAUCGGUGGUAGUGGAUUCGGUGGAAGUGGUUUCGGAGGUAGCUCCUUCGGAUCCUCAGGUCCAUCUGCUCCAUCAGGAAGCUACGGUGCUCCAUCUAUUCCCGCUACUUUGCCACAAAGCUACUCAUCCAACGGCGGUUACAAAUAUUAGGCAAAGAAACCCCUUAUCAAGGAUAAUUCCAUUCAUCUAAGUGCCUUAUCUCAUAAACAAGUAGAGUCUUCUCCAACAAUGAUAUGCAAACAACCCAUAUCACGGCUGGAUCAUGUGCGAUUUAAUUUGAUGGAGUCGUUUUUUUCUGUAAAUUAUUACCUUUCUAUUUCAGCUGCUGCGAAGACGCAUCAGCAAUAUUGCGCAAACAUCUUAGACAACAGAUACUCAUAUCUCCCAUUACAGGUGCAUUUCACAGAAUCUCCUGAAAAUUACCCAAUCAUUCAUUGCGUAGCAUUUGGGGUCUGUUGUAAAAUAAUCAGCUUAUUCUUAAUUACCUCUGUAGUAACUCACGGAGCGAACAUCACGAAUCCAUUGCGCAAGUUGAUUGGACGCUCAUUCCAGCAGCGCAAAACAAAUAUUCAAGUAUCUCUUCGAUAUAUGCAUAAUACAAAAGUAGAUUUAAGACGAGCUCAGAUCACCUUCAAAUAAUCUUCAGUUAAAUGGCAGCUACAGCUUAGAAAUCCAAGCGAAUGGGCCAUCCAACGGCGAACUUAUUAAAGUAUUAUUUCCAGAGAAAUGGUGCGAAAGUAGUUAUUUAUAACUAAAUUUCAUGUAUCUUUCUUGAUUGUGCUUCUGUCAUAUUUUUAAUAUAACUUGUAUUAAGUUAUUUUUUAUAAUGUAAACAGAAAUAAGUUGUAUUGAAAUAUGCAAAACAAUAAAUUAAAUGAUGAUUUUUGUAUAAAA